CUCUUCCGGCGAGUAGACUAGAGAGGCAGACUGCCGCAAACUUUCGUAUAAUAUUUAUUAAUAAAAUACACGCUCGCAAUGGCCAUUGGUGAUCUUAAGACUGACAAGGGUUUAAAGGAGUUGAACCGUUUUCUUGCCGACCGCAGCUACAUCGAAGGAUGGCAACCUUCGCAAGCGGAUGUCGCAGUGUUUGAAGCUUUGGGGAACGCUGCAUUGGGAUCGAAUCCCCAUGUCCAGAGAUGGUACACACACAUCAAAUCCUAUGAACACAAGUCUCUUCCGGGCGUGAAAAAAGCCCCUUCCAUCUUGGGUGGAACUGAGACUGCUCCACCGCCCAAGGCUGCCAAACCAGCUGACGACGACGAUGAUGUAGAUUUGUUUGGAUCCGACGAAGAGGAAGAUGCGGAAGCUGCUAAAGUUAGAGAGGAAAGGCUCAAAGCGUAUGCAGAAAAGAAGUCCAAAAAACCUACAUUAAUUGCCAAGUCCAGUAUUGUGUUGGAUGUCAAACCAUGGGAUGACGAAACAGACAUGAAAGAAAUGGAAAAGCAUGUGAGGUCUAUUUCUAUGGACGGCCUGGUUUGGGGUGCUUCAAAACUCGUGCCUGUGGGAUAUGGAAUCAACAAGUUACAGAUCAUGUGUGUUGUAGAGGACGACAAAGUUUCCGUCGACUUAUUAGUUGAAGAAAUCCAAAACUUCGAAGACUUUGUACAGUCAGUUGACAUUGCAGCCUUCAACAAGAUUUAAAUAUCGUCUGCUCCGUCAAUAUUGAAUUAAUAAAUAUUAAUUGUUUGUAAA